CUUUUCUCAUAUGACUGUGGUACAUAGAACAUUAUUAAUAUAGCGACACCACCAUCUUAUUGAACUCGAUUCUCAUUUAAUCUAAUUAUGAUAAUCACGAAUCUUGAGUGUUUCCGUAUCAUUUCAAAUAUAGCUAUACAUCAAAAUGGACAUAUUGUUACAGAGAGCAUUGAUACAUGUGUGCUGGAUUAUUGUUCUCUUUAACACCGCAUGCUGUCUGACCUGCGGCCAAACUCCAUGUUCGGAUGAAGAAUACUGCUGCAGUCAGAAACAAGGAGAGCCGAAGAAUUGUUGUUGUAGAAGUGAUACCACAGGAUUUAGUAUAACUUGUGUUUCCGGAACUUCUACCGUAUCUGGGUUCCCUUGGUGGGGAGUGCUACUUAUUGUUGUCGCUGUAGUUGGAAUCAUUACAGCAGUUGUAUUUGUAAUAUAUAGAAGAAAGAAGAGGCAAACUUAUGGACAAAUCUAGAGUGAAGAAACGAUCUUAGUUGUGUUCAUCCUCAUAUAAAUACUUUAAAAUGUUGCACUAUGUAACAAACAUAUUACAAGGUUGCUAAUACUGAUUUUUUCCGUAAAAUAUCUAAAUAUUUCUCUAAGGUUUAGUUUAAAUGUUAGCUUUUGCUUCAUUUUUCAAAGUAAGAUUUGUGAAUAAUCACUUUUUACUGUUGACCCAUUCUUUAACAUCAUAGAUAUAACUAGGGCGAUUCCAGUUUUACUAUUUAAGUUCUUUCAUGUGUUCAUAUUUAGCAAAUCACAUGAAUACAAAUUGUAAAGCUACCAUAAGAUUGAUAUUUGGAAGGAAAAAGUUUGUAGAUAUUUUAUGUCGAUUCUAAAUCAGUUUUUGUGCGAUAGUCUACACUACAGAAUAAUCAUUAUUGGAUCAAUUUAUACGAUAUAAUUUGUGUACACCCGGUUUGGAGUUUAAGGUCAAACGAUAAGGUGUGUUAAAGAUUUUCACUACUGUGUGUGUUUAUCUAACUUUUUUUGUUGCAUAUCAAACUAAAAAAUCUGACCAUGGCGAGAAAUAUCGAGUAUUCUCUCCAUUGAUUAUCGACUGUCUUAAGCAAUUCCCCCCCCCCGCCCCCCCCCCCCCCCCCCCCCGCCCUCCCACCCCCACUGGAUUGCUUCCCUUACAGUAGCUAAGCCGAUAAUAAAUAAUUCACUUUCAUAGAUUUUGGAUUGAUCGUAUUAUUGCUUUGUGCAAUAUAUAGCAGUAAAGCUCGCGUAUUAUCAUGUAGGAAGCAACAUAACCGUCUGCAUUUAUAAAUUCUGUUACUUAGUAGAUUCAUAUAAAAAUUAUCAUUUCUGUAAACAAUAAAACAUCUCAGUAAAAAACAUAUGAAAAAACAUUAUGUUAGCUUAUGAUGUUACAGAAUUCGUGUUUUAAUAUAACAGAAAAUAAAUACAUUUAGAUA